GUCGUAUGGGGAACUGACCAACUGCACGUUCCUGGUGGCUCUAAAGAUGAACUGUUUCUGGCCCAACCGCAUGGUGGACGAGUUCUUCAUCCGGGUGCACAGGCAUUACUUCCAUGACUGCUCACUGUCUGGACGGCUGCUUCACGACCCGCCCAAUCGGAUCCUGGGGCCUUUUAUCGUGGUGCCCAUUCUGGUGACGCUGCUCAUGACUGCUCUGGUGGUGUGGAGGAGUAAACGCAGCGAGGGAAUCGUAUAAAUCCAACAACUUCCACCUGCAGCAAACAAUAGAGAAGGUGAUUUCACAAACUCAAUGAGUUGAAACACUUUUACUGAACACUGCCAUGGUGUUAACUGAAAAAUCCUUUAUAUGGACAAAACCUAACACAGUUUCUUUUAGCUAGUUUUCAACUAAAUAUUUUGUCAUGCCAGCAUUUUUUCAGUAAAAAGGAUCUUCAAAACAAAUGCAAGUCAUUAUUGCGAUGACGGAUACACAUCACCUUGGAUGGAUAAACACCAAACAAAAGGAAGAACACUGUUUUAUUCUGUGUUUGACUGUGAUGUGAACACUGUACUCAGUCACUUUGUCACCUGUAAACCUCAACACAUUUAUAAUCGUGCUUGUGCCAAAUGAUGAUAUUUUUGAUGGCAGACAUGAUUGCUGUUAUUUUGUUGAUUUAAAAAAAAAUAGAACAAUGAACAUGCCAAUAGUAUUUACAAUAUUAAUGACAUCACCCCCCCCCCCCCAAAAAAAAAAAAAAAGAAUGGAGAAAUUAAAUGUAAAUUGAUUAUUGUAUUUAAAAAGUGUGUCCAGAAUCAGACAUUUUGGUCAUAUUUUGUGAUUCACAAAUGUUCUUCAUUUAUUUGUGGUUGUGAAUUGCAUUAUGGGACCUUGAUCUCUGCUUUCUCUGCUUUUGAUGUUGAAAAUUCAACUUAUACUGUUUAAAAGGGUGACUUUAAUUGAAAGUUUAGUAGUUUAACAUAAAAAGUAGUUUAAAAAUAAAAGUCACCUUUUUAAUCGUUUCAAGGUUAAAAGUUGUUGGAAGAAAGAUCAAGGAUCCAUGCAAUUCAAAAGCAUAAAUAAAUGGAUCACAUAAUAUGAAAAAAUAAAUCACAAAAUA